AUUCAAAAUAAUCUUUUCCGUAUGCAGUUCCCAUUCUUGAUGAUUACUUCUUGUGGCGGUUGCAGUUGCUUUAUAUUUAAUUUUACUCAUAUGUAACUGUAAAUAAUGCUUCCAUUGACAAGUGCUGUAGUAAAAAUUAGUUCUUAUUUUGCGAAUAUUUUCGAAACUUACAUUUGGUUUCUCAAUGUUCAAUUUAUCCAAUGCUUAUGACCUGCUUCUAGUAAAUUAUCCACUCUUCCAAUUAAAGGGGAAUAUUAACCCUUACUGUGAGUGCCCUUCGAUUCUAGUCUCUGUUCACAACGACCAUACAAAUAGUUGGGAAACUAGUUGGUCUCUAUGCGAAUCUAUGUUCAAAGUGUUUGUACCACUAUCUCCAGGAUGUAAUACUUUACAAUUGAAGUGUAAACAUCAUCUCGCUGAAUUCCGAAUAGUAUAUGUACAUAAUCAUAACUCGUCAUUUAUAGUUCGGCCUAUUUAUGUAAUUUGUUCCGAUGAUACUGGGGAGUUUCAAGCUCCUGAAGGAGUAGGGUCUACAAAAGAAAAUGCCUGCAAACGCAUAGGACUGGGAAUCCGGUUGUUACAGACUUUAACGGCAGAGGCGUUUUUUUCUGAAUUCGGCAAGAGAUACACUUUUAUGACUGGAGAGAACUUAGUUGAAGAAUUGUCUCCAGGCUUUCCACAAGCAUCUCAUGUUUCCUGUAUGUGUCAUUAUUCAAGUCUCAGUAAAAAGUUUGUUAGCAAUAGCACUCCUGAAGAAGUAUGGAGGCAGUUGGCGUACGAACUUUAUAAGACAUAUCCUGAUAAUUUCAAUUGCACCAAAUGGAUCGCAUUCAUGGCUUGCACACGAUAUCAUCCUAUGAAUAAAAGCAGUACUGAAUCGCUUAGUUAUGAUGAGAUACUUAACCGCACAACAGCUCAUUUCGCCCUUGGAACAGGAGGUUUAGCCCUACUCGGGACAGGAACAUUACAUGCUUGGCCAGAAAGUAUUGAAGAUUUGCAGUCAGUGAUGCAAGAUACUCGGUUAAUUAGCACAACUUUGAUGGAUGAUACCGCGUAUCGACACACAUUUUGGGCAGCCUUCUCAACUGGAUUAGGAGCUGUUUGGCAUGAAUUAGGUCAUUGUUUUGGAUUGGAACACUAUCCUGAAGGAAUAAUGUUUCGCGGUGAUGAUAUUAACUUAUGUCUUGGUUUUCCACCUCCUGAUUCCGUGUGUCCACAUGAACUCAAAACAAAUGGAGAAGUAAUUCAAAGUUUAUGUCAACCUAAAAAUCAAGCUACCAAUAGUCUUUGUGGUAGAGUUCUAUGUCAAUUGAAACCACCUACAUCUGUGCCUAGUAUUUUGCAGUUCCAUCGUAUAACUCAGUUUCUGCCAGUGAAAUCCACCACUUCACAUUCUUUAGAUUAUUUCAAUAAUGGAGAAGAAAAGAAUUCGAAACAAUGGGGAUUUUGUAGUUCUUUAUGGCAUCAAGGUUCCGCAUUUUGGGGAUCAGAAGCACUUUCAAAGUUAAUUUCAAGUCCGUAAGUUUUGUCCACAGAAUAGCUCAUUACGUUUUAUGUAGGAUUUUUUUAGACUUUCAUUUUCCAAAAAACAGGCUUGAAGUAUGCAUUGAAUCUAUAAUUGAUGUAGUUUUGAAAUGUCGCUUUAUGGAUUAUCCAUACACGUGAGCGUAAAGCAUAAAGCAUCUACAACACUGCAAUCGAUUAUGGGCCAUAUAACUUAGGGUUUUCAACUAGAGUUUCCAGCGACAAAGUGAACUGCAGUCAGUCAGCUGCUCAUCGCUACACAGCUCAGACCAUCAGUAGACAGCUUAAUCGACAGGUAUAAUGUCUUAGUCUAGUCACUCUUCACUUUCUUCUAACCUAGUACUAUUUUCAGCAAAAUAGUGCAAAACAUAUUUCUCAGUCACCUCAGUUGAUGAAGAUUACAAAUUCUUCACUUGAUUUAACCCACCCUACCUAAACAUAUACGUCUAACAUAUACAUUGCUCACGUAGUGCCUCCACCAAAUAGAGGUCAAAAACCCGAGGUUUCUAUGUGUUCUCUAGCUUUAAUUGGCAUGUCUCAUAAACACACAUCGGGAUAGAGCCUGUUUAUGUACAGUGAACCUGACGCAUAUGUAGGCAAUCGUUUAUUUUGCCUGGACUAUAAGUGGUGCGGUUUAGUAAAAGUUAAAUUAACCUUCUGUAUUCGUGGAGAGAUUCUGUUAGCUACCAACCUACCAGAGUUGACAUGAUUUCCCAAAUUAUGAAAAUUGUCGACUCACUCACUUCAUUUCCCAUACUAUCAAGCAGUAGUUGACAUUUAGAAAGUGGAACAACGCAAUCUAGACAUUUUAAAAUUACUAAUCAUUGUGUGUAUUAGUCUUCG